UCGCGCCACGGCCUGGCCAGGCCAGAGGCCCUUUACUACCAGGGACCCUUACUGCCUCUGUACCCCACCCCAACCAUGGCCUCCCCCUUUCCUCUGCUGGGCCUGCCUCCGCCCCUGUACCCCAUGAUGUGCUCCAUGGAACACCCUCUGUCAGCCGACAUCGCCGUGGCCACCCGCGCAGAUGAGGACGGAGACACGCCGCUCCACAUUGCCGUGGUGCAGGGCAAUCUGCCAGCUGUGCAUCGACUAGUCAGCCUCUUCCAGCAUGGGGGCCGGGAGCUGGACAUCUACAACAACCUCAGGCAGACGCCGCUACACCUGGCUGUGAUCACCACUUUGCCAUCUGUGGUCCGGCUACUGGUGAUGUCCGGUGCCAGCCCCAUGGCCCUGGACCGCCAUGGCCAGACAGCAGCCCACUUGGCGUGUGAGCACCGCAGCCCGACCUGCCUGCGGGCCCUGCUGGACAGCGCGGCCCCGGGCACAGUGGACCUGGAGGCCCGCAAUUAUGACGGGCUCACUGCCCUGCAUGUGGCCGUGAACACCGAGUGCCACGAAGCGGUGCUGCUCUUGCUGGAGCGUGGCGCGGACAUCGACGCGGUGGACAUUAAGAGCGGCCGCUCCCCACUCAUCCACGCCGUGGAAAACAACAGCCUGAGCAUGGUGCAGCUGCUGCUGCAGAACGACACACCGCUCAUGGUGGCGCGCAGCCGCCGGGUCAUCGACAUCCUGAGGGGGAAGGCCACGCGGCCUGCGCCUGCGUCACAGCCAGAGCCCUCCCCUGACCGGAGUGCCACCACCUCCCCCGAGAGCAGCAGCCGCCUCAGCUCCAAUGGUCUUCUCUCUGCAUCACCAUCCUCCUCGCCUUCCCAGUCUCCUCCCAAGGAUCCCCUUGGAUUUCCCAUGGCUCCCCACAAUUUCUUCCUCUCUCCCUCAUCUCCACCUGCCUUCCUGCCCUUUGUCGGGGUCCUCCAAGCCCCUGGCCGGCCGGUGCCUCCCCCGCCAGCUCCAGGAGGCAGCUGAGAGGGAUGGGGGGGCAGAUCUUGGACUCAUGAGGAGGGACCUCCCUUCCCUUGUGGAGUCAGCCCUCCUGGAAACUGUGAAGAUCUCACUCUGCCCCCCCCCCCAAUCUUCGAACCAGGAUUUGCACAUGCAUUUGCCCCCUCUUUUGAGCACAGAUAUCCCCCCACCUCGUCUUCCAUCUUCCGCCCAGGACUCUUUCCCCUGUUCUCCUCAAGCACCCAUCUCCUGUCUGGAAUCCCACUCAAUCAUGUAUUUCCUUCUCCUCCCUCAGAGCUGGUGGAACCAGGGAACAGCUGCUGCCUCUGCCCUCCGCCCAUGAGGAGGGAGAGACGGACUGCAGCCGGGCACUUAUAACGAUGUAAAUUAUUAGGCAUUUUUGGUUGGAUUUCUUUUGUAAUAAACUAUUUUUGUAACAUA